GGACCGCGGCGCGCCGCCCUCCGGUGCUAUAAGAGGCCGUGCUUCGGCCCCACGCGGAAUCUGCGACUCAAACCUGUCCCCGGCGUCCCACUCGCGUUGGACCCGAGGCAGAACCGGCCGCUACGCAGCCGACGCCAGCCCAGGGCCUGCGAGGGACGCGCCCCCGGGAGUCCCCGCCGCGGGCACCAUGGGCGCUGCCCACUCCGCGUCCGAGGAGGUGCGAGAGCUUAUGGGCAAGACCGGCUUCUCCUCAGACCAGAUCGAGCAGCUCCACCGGAGGUUUAAGCAGCUGAGUGGAGACCAGCCGACUAUUCGCAAGGAGAACUUCAACAAUGUCCCGGAUCUGGAGCUCAACCCCAUCCGAUCCAAAAUCAUCCGUGCCUUCUUCGACAACAGGAACCUGCGCAAGGGGCCCAGCGGCCUGGCCGACGAGAUCAACUUCGAGGACUUUCUGACCAUCAUGGCCUACUUCCAGCCCAUCGACACCACCAUGGACGAGGACCAGGUGCAGCUGUGCCGCCGAGAGAAGCUGCGAUUUCUGUUCCACAUGUAUGACUCGGACAGCGAUGGCCGCAUCACCCUGGAAGAAUAUCGAAAUGUGGUGGAGGAGCUGCUCUCCGGAAACCCACACAUUGAGAAGGAGUCGGCUCGCACCAUCGCCGACGGGGCCAUGAUGGAGGCAGCCAGCGUCUGCGUGGGGCAGAUGGAGCCUGAUCAGGUGUAUGAGGGCAUCACCUUCGACGACUUCCUCAAGAUCUGGCAGGGGAUAGACAUCGAGACCAAGAUGCACGUCCGCUUCCUUAACAUGGAAACCAUCGCCCUUUGCCACUGACGCGCCACCUCGCCCGGCUCAUGGAGAAACUGCACUUUGCACGGGCAGCCCCCCGCGGGGCAGAGCUUGACGCCCCGGGCCUCAGGGGCCUUUUGCGGCAGCUCCUGUAAACAGUUAACACUCCUCCGCCAGCUCGUUCCCCAUAGGGGAUGGUAUGUGGGACUUCGCUGUUUUUAUCUCUAAUAAAAGGAACAGGGUUUGUUAA